AUGGCGCGAAAAUCCCUAAUUUCCCCGGAAUUCUCUCCGUCGAUUCUCUCCCUGAUUUUGCUCCUCGUGCUCCUCUCUUCACCAGCGAUUCACGCCGGUCACGACUACCGCGACGCUCUCCGCAAAAGCAUUAUGUUCUUCGAAGGUCAGCGUUCCGGCAAGCUUCCUCCCGAUCAACGCCUCCGAUGGCGCCGUGACUCAGCAUUGCGCGACGGCUCUUCCGCCGGCGUGGAUUUAUCUGGAGGUUACUACGACGCCGGAGACAACGUGAAGUUCGGGUUCCCGAUGGCGUUCACGACGACAAUGCUGUCCUGGAGCAUAAUCGAUUUCGGGAAAACCAUGGGACCGGAGCUUAAAAACGCCGUGAAAGCCGUGAGGUGGGGAACUGACUAUCUCCUAAAGGCGACGGCGAUUCCCGGCGUAGUUUUCGUCCAGGUCGGCGACGCUUACUCCGACCACAACUGCUGGGAGAGACCCGAGGACAUGGACACACUUCGCACCGUCUACAAAAUCGACAGAGCUCAUCCCGGAUCCGACGUCGCGGGAGAAACCGCAGCCGCUUUGGCCGCAGCUUCGAUCGUGUUCAGGAAACGCGAUCCUGCUUACUCUAGGCGGCUGCUUGACCGUGCCACAAGGGUAUUCGCGUUUGCCAACAGAUAUCGCGGCGCGUACAGUAACAGUCUUUACCACGCGGUGUGUCCUUUUUACUGUGAUUUCAACGGUUACCAGGACGAGUUACUGUGGGGUGCGGCGUGGCUGCACAAAGCCUCGAGGAAACGAGCGUACAGAGAAUUCAUUGUGAAGAACGAGGUGGUUCUCAGGGCUGGAGAUACCAUUAAUGAGUUUGGUUGGGAUAAUAAGCAUGCUGGGAUUAAUGUCUUAAUCUCCAAGGAAGUGCUAAUGGGAAAAGCAGAGUAUUUUGAGUCUUUCAAGCAAAACGCUGAUGGAUUUAUCUGUUCUAUAUUGCCUGGAAUAUCUCACCCUCAAGUCCAAUACUCUCGAGGAGGGCUGCUUGUGAAGACUGGAGGGAGUAACAUGCAACAUGUAACAUCACUAUCCUUCCUCCUAUUGGCUUACUCUAAUUAUCUGAGCCAUGCCAAAAAGGUUGUGCCUUGUGGCGAAUUAACUGCCUCCCCAUCUCUCCUCCGCCAAAUCGCCAAGCGUCAGGUGGAUUACAUAUUGGGAGACAACCCGAUGGGAAUGUCUUACAUGGUUGGGUACGGUCAAAGGUUUCCACGUAGGAUUCACCACCGUGGCAGCUCGGUUCCUUCGGUCUCGGCCCAUCCAGCCCGUAUAGGCUGCAAGGAAGGCUCUCGUUAUUUCCUCAGCCCAAAUCCUAACCCAAACCUUCUAGUCGGUGCUGUAGUCGGUGGGCCCAAUGUCACCGAUGCUUUUCCUGACUCGAGACCUUACUUUGUGGAGUCAGAGCCCACGACUUACAUCAAUGCACCACUCGUUGGGCUUCUCGGUUACUUUUCGACCCAUUCUUCUUGGCGAUGA